CCCUGCAUCGACUCCAUGGCUGCACGAGCCGCGUACAGGAGGUUGAUGCGAGCUCGUGAGCUAGUCUUCAGGAACGACCUGCUGAUGCUCGCAGAGUCAAGGAGGGAGCUGAGGAGAUACUUCCUUGAAAACCGCAAUGUGUCGGAUCCAGAGAAGCUGAAGCAGCUGAUGCAAGAUGUGGACGAGGCAGAGGAGAUGCUGAGACAUCAGAUCGUGCAAGGAGAGCGGAAGGGAGACGGGGAGUACGCAAUGAACAUCGACCCAACGCGACAUGUCACCAUGGAUCCGAACAAGCUUCCAGGACAGAAGUGAAAGAGUGGAGUCUUCUGUCUGGUUGGGUUUUCAGAGAGCAAGUGAGCCAGAUGUGCCCUCGGUACAUGGUGCAAGCACAAGAUACCGAGUUUCUGCUCCUCGUCGGGUCCAGCUCAAGGUUGGGAACUUGUCAGCUGCCGCGUCGACUGCCUCAGCUGGAGGAACUCGAGAGCGAACAUGAUGAUGGUCAAGAGCUCCCGUCGCAAGCUUGGAAUCUUGAGAUAGAGUCGAUCAUGAAGCUUCCUGUCGGGUUGUUGGCCGCAUGAGAAUGGGCCUUGACCCGAAGACCUUGCUCCCUUCGCUACAGGACUGGAGAGUCUUGGACGGACGUACAUGUCCCGAGUGAAUUAAACCCUGUUAGCUAAAGGGAUUAAAUAAAAUGUUGUAACAUGUC